AUGGCAGAACGUAUUCUCCUGAACGAAUUCAAGGCUCUCUCUCAAGAGAAGUGGCUAAUAGAUGACUCCAUAACCGACUGGUCGAUCGCCCUCAUGGUCAUCAACCCCGCAUCCCUUUAUUACGGCGGUUACUUCAAAGCCACUAUGACCUUUCCCUCGAAUUACCCUUACUCCCCGCCAACAUUCCAGUUCACUCGUCCACUGUACCACCCUAACAUCUAUUCGGAUGGCAAACUCUGCAUCAGUAUCCUGCACCCGCCCGGCGAUGACGAGCAGUCCGGCGAGAAAGCCGCGGAACGCUGGUCCCCGGUCCAACGGGUGGAAUCUGUGCUACUAUCGAUCGUCUCGCUAUUGGACGACGCAGAAUGCUCGAGUCCCGCAAACGUGGACGCAGGGGUCCUAUUGAGGGGCGAUUAUGAGGGCUAUAAGAAACGAGUAAAAGAGGACGUGGAGAAGAGUCUAGAAGAUGUGCCGAAAGGAUUUGUGAUGCCUACACAUGAAAGUACAGUGAAGAGACCAAAAGAGGAGGUGGCAGAACAUGAUGCGGAUUUCUGGAAUGAUAGUGGCGAGAGCGAUCGAGGAUUUGGGGGAAGUGAUACGGACGAGGAAUUCGAGAUGGAAGAGGAUGAUGAGGAGGGAGAGGAACAGGAGGAGAUGGAGGAUGACGAGGAUGGAGGCAUCGAAUGA